UUCACUUCAGAAUUGCCUCAUUUACAAGCAUUUUAUGCACCUCCACUGACGUCAAUGGAACUGUCUUGGAUGUAUAUAACCAUUCAGCUGGAGGCGCUCCACUCCAAUCGCUGGCUGCAAACGCUCUUCUUUUACAGGCACUUUUGAAGCAACAGAAGACGAGCGAAAACCGAACGGGUGUGUCCAGUAUGAAGCCUGUCCCUUUGGUCCUGCUCAUAACUUCAGUGUUACUGACCACUCACAUCCCGCUGAGUAUCUGUCGACCCCGUGAUCUGAGCAUCUUAGACGGACACGGGUACAGCACCAACCUACUCGACGAUGUGCUCUUAAACCAGGCUGGAGACCACCAUAUGUCCUACGACCUCGUGGGUGAAAAUAUCCUGCAGUAUUUGCAAAGAAAUCUCGGACCGCAGAAAGCCGGUGUUUUGCCUUUUCCGCACUUUCCCGCGGUAAAUGGGCGCUCUCCAGACCAGGACAACAACUUAGAGGAGCUCGCAGAGUUUGCCAAAAGGAACGCCGAUCCACCGAUCUCCAUUGAUCUCACCUUCCACCUGCUGAGAAACAUGAUCGAAAUGGCACGGAACGAGAAUCAAAGAGAACAGGCGCGACUGAACCGCAAAUAUCUUGAUGAGGUUGGGAAGUAGUUGUAGUACAGUGAUGCCCAGUGGUUUCAAACGAAGAGGAAAGAACAAGCUCAGUGCACUUUACAGAUCCCCUAUUCUUGCUUUCUUUUUGAAACUCUCGCUAAAGCUUGACAUGACACUCACCGAUGCCAGGUAAAAGGCUUCUUCUGCUCGACCUACACUCUUAAAAAUAAAGGUUCCUCACUGGUUCUUUGCAGCACCAUGCACUUAGCAAAGAACUCUCAAGAACCAUUGUAUGGGGCAUGGGGUUCCUGAGUUGGAGAUUUAAAGAAGUUCUUGGAGUUACAUUAUAGGUUCUCCAGAUCAGUGUAUGGGUUUCUGGGUUCUAGAACAGAACUAGAGAAGUAAAAGUCCUUAGCAGAAUUUUAAAAGGUUCUAUCUGAAACCUUUAUUAUUAAGAGUGGAAUCUGAAGAGCAUCUGGUGACCUUCUGUGGUCUCCACCACCUCUGGACCAUUUCAAGGAACCACAUGCAAGAGCCACGACAGAACUUCCAUUAGAAUGGACCUCUGCUCAACUCUGCCCACGGGCCUACAUUUAGAUUCAUUCAAUCUACAGUUGUAAUGUACAAACAUCCUUUUAGUGUUUACAUUGUUUGUUUGUAUUAAGUUACCACUUAACAAUAUACAAUAGGGUUUGCAUUGUUACUGCAGACUAUCAUCUUGUAAAUCAGUGUUCUUUUCAUUGCAAGCAGGGCAAAGCAUGAUUAUAAGUAAAGGAAGACCACUUAAAGGUGCGCCCCCCCCCCACCCUUUAAUUGCCAGUGGGUAUUAUGGAAUGUUAUUAUGACAUUAAACUGGGAUACUUUCGUAAUGAUGCCAAUUUUUAUUUCUGUCAUGACCUUACCACAUACAAGUUGCUCACUGUAAAAGUGCAAAAAAAUGUUUUUCUCACCAAUAGUGUGAAACUAUGAUCUGUAGCACUUCACACAAGAGGCUUAAACCCACGUUUUAUGACAAUGUUGGACAGUAUUACAAAGUGCUUGAGAUAUAUUGUACAUUGUAUAUUGCUCAUCAUUAUGUAAAUUACAUAUUAUAUUGCACCUAAAUGCAUAAACAUGACUUUGUAUUUUGAACAUGAAUCUGCAGAAAUAAAUGAGACUAUAUGCCUUUUACAAGUAACUGCACACACGAAAACCUCAUUAUUACCAAUUAAAAGUGGUAAUGACCACAGACAAAGAGGUUUAUGAAAAGCAUGCAUUGACAUGACAAAAACACAACAAAAUAAAAAAGUGGUACUGUAAAUGGUUUGUGUUUAAAAAAAAAAAGAAAAAAAUUAUACAGUAUAAUGAACUGAUGGACUGUUACAGUAUCAGUACUAAAAAGCUCCCAACUCAAAAUCGAACCUUUCUUUAUGUGAUAUAGUUGAUCCAUAUAGUGAAAUUUACACUUUCAACUCCAUUCUUAUUAAGAAUUAUCAGUCUUUAUAUUUGUCGCACACAGAUCAUUUAACAGCAGCAAUGCAUCCUGACUCUAAAAGGAAAAAUUUCUUGCACAGAUUACUUAUAAAAGUAACAAAUUUAUUAGUGCAUCUCAAACAAACCACAAAUGUUUGCAGGUUUAAUUACCUAUCACGUGCUGAUCACGGAUUCUCGGUUCAUUUUAAGUGGUAUCAACUCUCUCAAAAAACAGUUGUCUAAUGCAUUUAAUCACUAUAUUGCCAUCCUAUGUAGUCUCUGUGCAUAGUUAAACCAUAGUUUUACAUAUCCGGGAUGUAGGAAGCUAAGAGGACUUAAAUUCCUCUUAAUUCAUCCUACAAAACUAUGUGAAAAAUAGACAUUGAAAUAUAGCUUACUGAGUCUUAGGACCAUGAAACGACACAUGGAUAGAGCUCUUGUCAUAUUCACGGGAUUAAAAGAAAACCUCCUCCUUCUAGUCUUUCUUAUGUCAGCACUGGAAAUAGCCUGAAGAUGAAGAAAAAAAAAAUCUAAGAGUUAAAUCUUCAGUAAUCUUCCAGUUGCAUUGUGUCUAUUUUAAAAUAGAUGGGGCAAGUGGGAGAGUGUGUGCCAUACAUUGGCAUGAAAAUGCUGUGACUCCAGCGCUCAUUGUUCUGAGGAAGAGCCACUGAGCAGAACUGCAUGUUACAUAAACAGUUUUAUCUAUUGACACACGCAGAACAUAAAAGAAGGAAAACUAUAAAUAAUAUAUGAAAGGAAUAGUUUACCCCCCAAAAAAAACAAACAAAAAAAAAUAUUUUUUUUAUUAUGUCAACCCACAUUACUUUCUUCCACUGAUCAUAAAAGGAGUAAUUCAGAGCAAAACAUCCAAGCUGCUCUUUUCCAUACAGUGAGAGCGAAUGGUGACCAUGGCUUUCAGGCAAGAUUUUUAGUGAAUAACAACUUAACUUUCAGUCUGUUCCUCAAUCAAAACUAAUAUAAUGGUUUAAGAAAACUUGGAAUUUAAUGCACAAGUCAUAAUGACUAAUUGAAUUAUGCUUUUUUUGGUGUUUAUUUGUCAUUUUUGGAGUUUGGCAAUGCCUGGUCAAGGGUCAGACUCAGAAGGGGGGCUCCGGGCAAAAAUGGCACCAAAAGUGACCAAAAUGCCACUGAAAUUCAGAAUGUGGUGGCAGAAAAUGCCCCCGUAUUAAAUUUCUCUAUUUUUAUUUCUAACAUCUGAUAUAGUUCUUAAUAUUAAAUUUUAAGCCUUGUUAUACAUAUUAUCACAUAAAAUAUGAUUUGAUGUUGAUUUAAAAGACUAUUCUGGGCUCAUUACAAAAUAAGCUCAAUCAACAGCAUUUGUGGCAUAAUACUGAUUACCACAAAAUUAAUUUCGACUCGUCCCUCCUAUUCUUAAAAAAAAGCAAACAGAUGGGUAACAAUGAUACACUUACAAUGGAAGUGAAUGGGGCCAAACUGUAAACAUUAAAAUACUCACUGUUUCAAAAGUAUAGCCACAAGAUGUAAACAAUAUGCACUAAUUUAGUCUGACAAAAUUGCUUACUAUUUCUGUGUAAAGUUAUAUAAAAUUUUACAACUUUGUUGCCAUGAAGACGUAACACGUAAACCCUAAAAUGGCCGUAAAAACGAUGAUUUAAACAACUUUACAGCUCAAAUAAUAAGUGAGUUUUAACAGAAGAAUUAAUGGAAGUGCUUUUAUAAAAUUAUAAGCUUCACAUUUCUGCCUUUAAACCCUCCAAAAAUUGGCCCAAUUUAUUUCCAUUGUAAGUGCCUCACUGAAACCUUGUUUUUCUCUUUUCUCCCCAAUUUGGAAUGC